AUGAAGGUUAAUAGAGUUUUAUUAUAUACACUUCCUGUAAUCGGUAUUUUGUUGGCUGGAUCUUUCCUUAUAUAUAAUUUUACGAGGAAAAGACCAGAAAAGGUGGAUCUAGUCUCAGAUCUUUCUAAAUUAAAAGAUGAACUAAAAAAGACCGAAGAUGAAUGGGCACGUGGAGUUGAAGAAAUGCAAAAGGAUCUUGCAGAUAAAGCAAGAGAAGAACAUAAAAAAACAAUGGAUGAACUAGAUAAACAACAAAAGGAACAGAUACAAUCAUUUGAAAAACAUUUUAAAGCUAGGUAUACUGAAAUUCCUAGUGUAGACUUUAUUUUGGAUGUUAGUCUUCCAGUAACUACUCCUACUAAGUAUCAAUCAGGAUCUCAUAUUGUGUCACUUAGUAAAACUACAUUUACAAGAGAUCCUGAACUUGUAGAUUACACCCAUACACUUGAAGGUCAAAAUUUUGAAGUUGGUAGCUUACAAUUUUGUGGGAAAAAGUACAAAGUUCCUAAAAUCAAAACUAAUAUGAUCACUUCAAUUGCAUUUAAAAAUGAUCCUGGGUUCUGUUAUUUUUUGUUGGUGCCAGGACCAGCCUCUUCUCCAACAUUUUUCAAAAACAACGGAACUGAUUUUGAAAUUUGCUAUAAAUAUCCCAAUAUUAAACAAGAAAUGUUAGAACUUGGAGUAAAAUUCGGUAGAAUAACUCAACCAACUCCAACUCCAGAGACCACUCCAGUCACUAAACCUGCUUUUGAACCAAUAACUCCAGCUGUUGCACCAGAACCUUCGAAAACUGUACCUCCUACAUCAGCUUUUGUUUUUAACUUGACAAUUAAUAAUAGUUUUACGAUAGGAACGGAACAAGUUAAGUUAACUAUAAGUUCCGAAUUUGGAAAUAAAUACAAAGCUUACAAAUAUUUCGUUACGGAUGGGAAAAUUAACCCUACCAUGUUCACAAUCGGUAAUAAUACACAAUCAGGUCUCCCAGUAAAUGAAGGAUUCGAUUCAAUUACUGUGUAUUUUCAUAAUGAACCACUUGCUACUAAUGAUAUACCUCUUUUGGUUUCAUUCAAUCAAGGAUCUAAAAAUUUUUUAAAUUCAGGAGAUAAUAAUUGGCACGAGUCUGAAACAUCAUUUUUUGAGGAAGAACUUGAUUACGUCAAUUCUAAACUCAACAAUAUUGUAUCUUUAAACCUUUCUAGACGCUCCGACUAUUAUCGUAAUGGAUCUGGUUCAUCAAAUGUAGAAAAAUCAAAAGAUAUGAAUGUAUAUGUAGAGACCGACAAACCGGUAUUAUCAUGGUCGACAUAUACCCACAAACUAGAAGAUGGUGGUCAGGGAGGACCUGUAAGAGGUUUUUAUAUAGGAAAAUUGUUAUUUGGUGAUCGCGAAUUUAGAAUAAAACCACAAGGACAAAUUGAAUCUGUUGAUGUUUAUGGAAAAAAUUUUGAACCAUUCGCCAAUGCUCCAACCGUAUUCAGUGUAAAUUAUACUAAUGGUGACCAAGAAUAUUAUGUAUUUACCUACUCGGAGUACUUGGUUGAUAAAAAUAUUAAUUCGUCAAAUCUAGAACAAAAACUACAAUCGAUUUAG